AUGGCGAAGGUCAUCCAAAAGCGCCGAAAAGACGACGGCACCUGUCUCGAAGAUUGGACCGACGUGUUUGAGGACCUGAACGAAUGGCCGGUGACCUUCACCGAUUUCCUCUUUCAGACUGUCUUGGGUGUGUCGUGGAAAGGCCUGUCUUGUCACCCGUUCCUCACGUCAGCACCGGGCAAAGAGGUUCUCAUCCCACUGAUCAAAAUCGCACAAGCAUCCGGCAAAUGCGUGCUGGGGGGCCAAUGGGCAUCGACCCAGUGGGGUCCGUAA